AUGGGCUGGAUGGUUGAGCUGCAUGGUGUCGAGACGAUCGACGUUGUGCUGCUGUUUGAAGAUCGAUGCGUUUUUUGGCUGGUGGCCAAGAUCUUUUUCCGAGCUGCAGCUGGGAUUUCAGCAGACAUGGAGCACUACAAAGAGGGUGCUGCACGUCUGAAAAGUUGGAUCAAGAAGUACAUCACUGGCUUGCACAUCGAGAGCCUGGACUUUCACAAGGUUCUCGAGGAGUUAGUGGUGGAGGUGGAGAGCGUCGGCUCCGUCUUGACACAAAGCCUGCUGGCGGUGAUGCUCCAAGCAGUGGUGACGUUCAUCUUCUUGAUCUACAUGCUCUGGAGCCCGGUCAAGGUCGAUGGCAGCGCUAUGGCCACCGAGGCGCGUUCUGGCCCGCAACACCGGCUUUCGUCGAUGUGCAGGUGCAUCAUGGACCAUGGAGGGCUUAACAAAAGUGGUCAGGCAGAGUCCAAAAAAGCACGACACAACAAGGAGGGCUCCUCACCAUUUUUGCUACCAAGAGAGUUGCGAGCCUUGCAAGCGGGUGACGCGGAACACUUGUGUGCCCUGGGAGGUCUUCAAUUCGACUAG